UUCACCAUAAGUCUUGCAAACUAUGCUUUGUCAUCAGGGACCAGAUCCUGCCAUAUUUGUUCACUGCUUUCCCAUGGUUUGACACCAUAUGAAAAGAAGAAAUAUGUCUGGAAAAUGCUGUAUAUUUAUAUGCUUGGUUAUGAUGUGGACUUUGGUCACAUGGAAGCUGUAUCUCUGAUAUCUGCUCCAAAGUAUCCUGAGAAGCAGGUUGGGUAUAUAGUGACAUCGUGUUUGCUCAAUGAGAAUCAUGAUUUUUUAAGAUUAGCCAUUAAUACAGUACGCAAUGACAUAGUCGGCCGCAAUGAGACUUUCCAGUGUCUAGCAUUGACGUUGGUUGGAAAUAUUGGGGGAAGGGACUUUGCAGAAUCUCUAGCUCCUGAUGUUCAAAAGUUACUUAUAUCAAGCAGUUGCAGACCACUGGUGAGGAAGAAGGCUGCAUUAUGUCUCCUACGUCUUUUCAGGAAAAAUCCUGAUGUCAUGAAUGUAGAUGGCUGGUCAGAUCGGAUGGCACAACUGCUAGAUGAACGGGAUUUAGGUGUCUUGACAUCUUCCAUGAGCCUUCUAGUUGCAUUGGUGUCAUAUAACCACGAAGAAUAUUGGAGUUGUCUUCCAAAAUGUGUUAAAGUAUUGGAAAGGCUUGCAAGGAGCCAAGAUGUACCACAAGAAUAUACCUACUAUGGGAUCCCAUCUCCCUGGCUUCAGGUAAAGACUAUGAGGGCUCUUCAGUAUUUUCCUACUAUUGAGGAUCCAAAUACUAGAAGAUCACUGUUUGAGGAAUCUGCAGUAAAAUCUCAAAAGUGUUCUGGAUUCAUUAUAAUCAAUCAGGUUUUGCAAAGGAUAUUGAUGGGAACCGAUGUGGUGAAAAAUGUGAACAAGAACAAUGCAUCGCAUGCUGUCCUCUUUGAAGCCCUUGCUCUUGUCAUGCAUCUUGAUGCUGAAAAAGAGAUGAUGUCUCAAUGUGUUGCACUGCUUGGGAAAUUCAUUGCUGUCCGUGAACCAAAUAUUCGUUAUCUCGGUUUGGAAAAUAUGACUCGGAUGUUGAUGGUCACAGAUGUACAGGACAUCAUAAAAAGACAUCAAGCCCAGAUUAUUACCUCACUGAAGGAUCCUGAUAUCAGUAUAAGGAGGCGUGCCCUGNUGGAGCUUUUCCGUUUCCUUAUCAUCUAUUCCCUGCUUUUGUUUUUCAACAGAGAGAGCUUUGCUUAUCAAUUUACUGACAUCAAAGCAGUACAUUCGGUAUCUCUGCUGUUUUAUUCAGAUAUCCUAAUCUUUUCUGGUGAAAUGAUGGAAAAGAUUAUAAGGAGGCGUGCCCUGGAUUUACUAUAUGGAAUGUGUGAUGUUUCCAAUGCCAAGGACAUAGUGGAGGAAUUAUUGCAGUAUCUUAAUACAGCAGAGUUUGUGAUGCGUGAAGAACUGUCACUCAAAAUUGCAAUUCUUGCAGAGAAAUUUGCUCCUGAUUUGUCAUGGUAUGUUGAUGUCAUCCUUCAAUUAAUUGACAAGGCUGGUGAUUUCGUCAGUGAUGACAUUUGGUUCCGUGUUGUGCAGUUUGUUACAAAUAACGAAGAUCUACAG